AUGAACAAGAUCCUUUCAGCCACUCUUUGCUUUGGACUCCUAACUUUGUUAUCUGUAACGAUUUUUUUGGAAUUGGUGCAUGGACGGCCAUACCUGAUCCAAGGGAAUGAAUCGUUUCCAGAUAAAGAAGAUACAAAUCAUGAAGAACUACUGUUGGCUCUACUGAAAAAAACUUUUGAUUUCCAAAGACCUUCUAACAUUGAUAGAGAACUGGUUAACAAAUUGGAAGAACUUAACCAGUUGGAAAAGCUAAAAGAGCAGUUCAAGGCGGCAAAAGAUGCUGAGAUAUCCUAUGCUAUAGAUGGUCUAUCUUCCCAUCCAAAUAAGCGAGCCUGCUUUUGGAAAUACUGUGUCUGA